CGACCGGUAUGAGCGACUGAUAACAUACGCAAUCACACACGUCUUGUCGGUAUGCCCAGCGAAAGUGAGCCGAAACCUUCGAGCGAAUCUGAGGAAUCCCCCGCAUCCUGGUGGUCAAAGUGUAUCUCAACAAUGAAAAGAACCCCGAGUGCCGGGCGUGGCCGCAAGAUCUCGAUCCAGAUCGGAAAGCAAAGGGCCCUUGACAUGGAUCCGGACAAGGAUUUGAAAUCUCGAGAUCUUUUCGAAUCCAAACUUGGAGAUGCUAGCGCGAUUCAGGAGUACGACAAAGCUUACAGUGCGCUAUUGGAAGCAGAAGAGAACGAUGCUUGGGAUCGCAAAGCGAGACCCAAGAGUAAGUCCAGAUCUCUGUCUGACACGAAUGAGAGACGAGCCGCGACAAUUAUCCACGCCAUUCGAGAAUACGAAAGGAGGGUCACGUUCGGUAAUCUGCCAUCAGAGGCAAUUCCAGGCGCUGACACUUUGGACAUGGGUGGGCAAUUUCUGACGAACAAGGAACGUAUUGAUGCGCGAAGUGAGCUGUUUCGUAUAGCCAAACUGGUUCCUAAAGGAGCUCUUCUGCAUCUGCACUUUAAUGCUGAGCUGGAUCCUGACAGGCUUUUGAAAGAAGCACGAGAGAUGGACAACAUGUACAUCCGCAGUAUUCUGCCCUUGGACAACACCAAAGCCUAUGCUGAGACAGAGAUGGUCUUUAGCGUCUUGGAUCCGAACGAUAUCAACACAGACGUCGACAUAUUCUCGUCUGGCUAUACUGGUAGGGCAGACAACUGGAAAAAGCCCGAGAUGCAAAAAGAGAUCUGGAUGAAGUGGUCGGCCUUCAAAUCUAAGUACAACGAGAAGUUUCCGGGAGGAGACAGGCAAGCGCCAACCCCAAUCGAUACUAAGAAGCCUGUCCGCAUAUGUGAUGAUGAGCCGGCUACAAUUGAGUUGGAUCCUGCUGAGACCUGGCUCAAGUCUAAGAUGAUACUCAGCCAAGAAGAAGCCUACGGACAGACUCAAACCGUGAACGGAGUAUGGGCGCGCUUUAACCAAGCAACAAGAUGUUUCAAGGGUCUCUUGAACUACGAAGAAGUCUACAGGUGGUACAUCGGUGAAGCAAUCGAACAACUGAUCAAAGAAAAGAUAAUGUACGCCGAGCUUCGACCAAUGCUGCUCGAUAAAUUCAUACCCGCCAACAAUGGCAAAGACAAGCUCGACAACGCUACACAAAUGCGUAUGAUCACCGAGGGCGUGGCAGCUAAGCAAGCGCAGAUCGAAGCUGAUCCACAACGUUCGGACGAUGAGUUUCCUUUCGGUCUGAAAAUUGUUUACUGCACGCCUCGCUCAAUACCGAAGAAGAUGAUGCAGGAAGAGAUGAAACAGUGCAUCGAGUUGAAAGAGCAGUUCCCCAACCUGAUCUGCGGAUUCGACUUGGUUGGUGCUGAAGAUCGGCCGAACCAUAUCGGCUUCUACAAAGAAGAGCUUGUCGCUUUCAGAAAGACAUGCGAAACCAAAGGUCUCCACAUCCCUUUCCUAUUUCACGCUGGGGAAACAUUGCUUGAUACAGGCGGCUCCGGAGAUCCAAACAAAUCAAACUUGUUUGCGUCUGUGGCAUUGAAAGCCGAACGCAUCGGCCAUGGCUUUGCGCUGAUGAAACAUCCGCACUUGGUUGAGAAGUUCAAGCGAACACCCACGCAGAAAGGCAUAUGUGUCGAGCUUUGUCCAAUCUCGAAUGAGCUCUUGCAUCUCUGUCGGAAUAUCAAAGAACACCCGUUCCCAGAGCUUUUGGCUGCGGGGGUACCUUGCACGGUCAAUAGCGACAACCCUUCACUGUUCAGGAAUUCGAUGAACCAUGAGUUCUACCAGAUUAUGGUCGGUGCUCCUACAAUGUCACUAUACAGCUGGAAGCAGCUCGCACGCUGGAGCAUUGAGUACAGCUGUCUCAGCUCAGAUCAGAUUAAGAGGGGACUGAGUAUCUUGGAAGAAUCUUGGAGGACAUUUUGCAAAGACAUCGUCGACAGGUACGAUAAGGCACUAAUGGAUGGCGACGAGAUCAAUGACAAGAGAGCGGAACUCUUCUACAGCCACCAGCUGAAGCCCCAGCCAGAGUCCCAAGAAGGACAGGCACAAGAAGGAAUCCCCGAGGAGGAUUGAACAGGCGCCUUUCUUUUCACUUCCACAACAUUCAUGCCAUAUCCACUGCGGGAGCGCGCACCGCAAAACUGCAGCAACGCUCCCAUAUGCCGCGAUGCAGGCGUUGUCUUCACUAUUUCGACCAGCAAGACAGCCCUGCGCGAGGUACAAGUCGAGUCUUCAUGUUCCAGGCUAUCAUUCAAACCAGUUAAUGAUGAGCAGUGGAUCUGGACAUGACCGGAGCAACGGCUAUACAAUACAAUAAUUACCUUGGAACACAUAGCAAGACAACACUUAAAAAGCAAACAGGAUUAGCUUUGGUAGGUAUUUGUGGAAGGAACGAGAGAUGUAUGGGCGAUACCCACUGCGUCGUUUUUAUGAUGUGUAGUUGUUGCUUCGCAAGCC